UCCUCGCAGCGCCCUGCGUGUGCCCCGCGUGUGCCCGGCUCCGUGCACACGGCCGAUCGGCGAGCACCGCUGAGCCCACGCGCGCGGCUAGCAGGGGAGAGCCGGGCCGAGGCUGUGGCAGGGACUGCCGGGGCGGCCGGAGGGGGUCACCUGCCGGCAGCGACCCCGCCGCUCCCGCCCGCCAGCGCGGCCUCCUCCCGCGGCGGCGCCGCGGCCCCUGCGGCAAAGCCAACUGCGAUUUAAACAAAAAAGCAAAAAGGAACAAAGCUCUAAGCCCUGGCCCCGCUCGCAGGCCCGCCGCCCGGGGGGCAGCCACGCGCGCCAGCACGCCGAGCCCUGCGCCGCGGCCCCGGCUGGGGGUCGCGCGCCGACGGAGCCGCGGGAGGCUGUGCUUCUGUACCUGCUCCGCCGAGCUAACUUCAGCAUGCUCAAGCGGAAGCAGAGCUCCAGGGUGGAGGCCCAGCCCGUUACUGACUUCGGUCCUGAUGAGUCUCUGUCGGACAGUGCUGACAUACUCUGGAUUAAUAAGCCAUGGGUUCACUCUUUGCUGCGCAUCUGUGCCAUCAUCAGCGUCAUUUCCGUCUGCAUGAACACUCCCAUGACGUUCGAGCACUACCCUCCUCUUCAGUAUGUGACUUUUGCUCUGGAUACUUUACUGAUGUUUCUCUACACGGCAGAGAUGAUUGCGAAAAUGCACAUCCGGGGAAUUGUCAAGGGGGAUAGUUCCUAUGUGAAAGAUCGCUGGUGUGUUUUUGAUGGAUUCAUGGUCUUUUGCCUUUGGGUUUCAUUGGUGUUACAGGUAUUUGAAAUUGCUGAUAUAGUUGAUCAGAUGUCACCUUGGGGCAUGUUGCGGAUACCACGGCCGCUAAUUAUGAUCCGGGCAUUCCGGAUUUAUUUCCGAUUUGAACUACCAAGGACCAGAAUUACAAAUAUUUUAAAGCGGUCAGGAGAACAAAUAUGGAGUGUUUCCAUUUUCCUACUUUUCUUCCUACUUCUUUAUGGAAUUUUAGGAGUUCAGAUGUUUGGCACAUUCACCUUCCACUGUGUUGUGAAUGACACAAAACCAGGAAAUGUGACCUGGAAUAGCUUAGCUAUCCCAGAUACGCACUGCUCACCAGAGCUCGAAGAAGGCUACCAGUGCCCCCCGGGGUUCGAAUGCAUGGACCUCGAAGACCUGGGACUUAGCAGGCAAGAGCUGGGCUACAGUGGCUUUAACGAGAUAGGCACGAGCAUCUUCACAGUCUACGAGGCCGCCUCCCAGGAGGGCUGGGUGUUCCUCAUGUACAGAGCAAUCGACAGCUUUCCCCGCUGGCGCUCCUACUUCUAUUUCAUCACGCUCAUAUUCUUCCUUGCCUGGCUUGUCAAGAAUGUGUUUAUCGCUGUCAUCAUUGAAACAUUUGCAGAAAUCAGAGUACAAUUCCAACAAAUGUGGGGAUCGAGAAGCAGUACUACUUCAACAGCCACCACACAGAUGUUUCACGAAGACGCCGCUGGCGGGUGGCAGCUGGUAGCUGUGGAUGUCAACAAGCCCCAGGGACGGGCUCCAGCCUGCCUCCAGCAAAUGAUGCGAUCUUCAGUUUUCCACAUGUUCAUCCUGAGCAUGGUGACAGUGGACGUGAUCGUGGCAGCGAGCAACUACCACAAAGGCGAGAGCUUCCGAGGCCAGUAUGACGAGUUCUAUCUCGCAGAGGUGGCUUUUACAGUACUUUUUGAUUUGGAAGCACUUCUGAAGAUAUGGUGUUUGGGAUUUACUGGAUAUAUUAGCUCAUCUCUCCACAAAUUCGAGCUGCUACUUGUAAUUGGAACUACUCUUCAUGUGUAUCCAGAUCUUUAUCAUUCUCAGUUCACAUACUUUCAGGUUCUUCGGGUAGUUCGACUUAUUAAGAUUUCACCUGCAUUAGAAGACUUUGUCUACAAGAUAUUUGGUCCUGGAAAAAAGCUUGGGAGUUUGGUUGUAUUUACUGCCAGCCUCCUGAUUGUUAUGUCAGCAAUUAGUCUGCAGAUGUUCUGUUUUGUUGAAGAACUGGAUAGAUUUACAACGUUUCCCAGGGCAUUUAUGUCCAUGUUCCAGAUCCUUACCCAGGAAGGAUGGGUAGACGUAAUGGACCAAACUCUAAAUGCUGUGGGACACAUGUGGGCACCCGUGGUUGCCAUCUAUUUCAUUCUCUAUCACCUCUUUGCCACUCUGAUCCUCCUGAGUUUGUUUGUUGCUGUUAUUUUGGACAACUUAGAACUUGAUGAAGAUCUAAAGAAGCUUAAACAAUUAAAGCAAAGUGAAGCAAAUGCAGACACCAAAGAAAAGCUCCCUUUGCGACUUCGAAUCUUUGAAAAAUUUCCAAACAGACCACAAAUGGUGAAAAUCUCAAAACUUCCUUCCGAUUUUACAGUUCCUAAAAUCAGGGAAAGCUUCAUGAAGCAGUUCAUCGAUCGCCAGCAACAGGACACGUGCUGCCUCCUACGAAGCCUCCCGUCAGCCUCCUCGUCCUCCUGCGACCACUCCAAACGGUCUGCAGUUGAAGACAACAAGUACAUUGACCAAAAACUUCGCAAGUCUGUUUUUAGUAUCCGGGCAAGGAACCUUCUAGAAAAGGAGACUGCAGUCACUAAAAUCUUAAGAGCGUGCACUCGACAGCGCAUGCUGAGCGGAUCAUUCGAGGGGCAGCCGGCAAAGGAAAGGUCAAUCCUCAGCGUGCAGCAUCACAUCCGCCAAGAGCGCAGGUCACUAAGACACGGAUCAAACAGCCAGAGGAUCAGCAGGGGGAAAUCUCUUGAAACUCUGACGCAAGAUCAUUCCAAUACAGUGAGAUAUAGAAAUGCACAAAGAGAAGACAGUGAAAUAAAAAUGAUCCAGGAAAAAAAGGAGCAAGCGGAGAUGAAGAGGAAAGUGCAGGAAGAGGAGCUGAGAGAGAACCACCCUUAUUUCGAUAAGCCGCUGUUCAUAGUUGGACGGGAGCACAGGUUCAGAAACUUCUGCCGGGUGGUGGUCCGGGCACGCUUCAACGCAUCUAAAACAGAUCCUGUCACAGGAGCUGUGAAAAAUACAAAGUACCAUCAACUUUAUGAUUUGCUGGGACUGGUGACUUACCUGGACUGGGUCAUGAUCAUCGUAACCAUCUGCUCCUGCAUUUCCAUGAUGUUCGAAUCCCCCUUCCGAAGAGUCAUGCAUGCACCUACUUUGCAGAUUGCAGAGUAUGUGUUUGUGAUAUUCAUGAGCAUUGAACUUAAUCUGAAGAUUAUGGCAGAUGGCUUAUUUUUCACUCCAACUGCUGUCAUCCGGGACUUUGGUGGAGUAAUGGACAUAUUUAUAUACCUUGUGAGUUUGAUAUUUCUUUGUUGGAUGCCUCAAAACGUGCCUGCUGAAUCGGGAGCUCAGCUCUUGAUGGUUCUUCGGUGCCUGAGACCUCUGCGCAUAUUCAAACUGGUGCCCCAGAUGAGGAAAGUGGUUCGAGAACUUUUCAGCGGCUUCAAGGAAAUUUUUUUGGUCUCCAUUCUUUUGCUGACAUUAAUGCUUGUUUUCGCGAGCUUUGGAGUUCAGCUUUUUGCUGGAAAACUGGCAAAGUGCAAUGAUCCCAACAUUAUUAGAAGGGAGGAUUGUAAUGGCAUAUUCCGAAUUAAUGUAAGUGUGUCCAAGAACUUAAAUUUAAAAUUAAGACCUGGAGAGAAAAAACCUGGAUUUUGGGUACCCCGUGUUUGGGCGAAUCCUCGGAACUUUAAUUUUGAUAACGUGGGAAAUGCUAUGCUGGCACUGUUUGAAGUUCUGUCCUUGAAAGGCUGGGUGGAAGUGAGGGAUGUCAUCAUUCAUCGUGUGGGGCCGAUGCAUGGAAUCUAUAUUCAUGUUUUCGUUUUCCUGGGUUGCAUGAUUGGACUGACCCUUUUUGUUGGAGUAGUUAUUGCUAAUUUCAAUGAAAACAAGGGGACGGCUCUGCUGACUGUAGAUCAGAGAAGAUGGGAAGAUCUGAAGAGCCGACUGAAGAUAGCACAGCCUCUUCAUCUCCCACCUCGCCCCGAUAAUGAUGGUUUUAGAGCUAAGAUGUAUGACAUAACCCAACAUCCAUUUUUUAAGAGGACGAUUGCGUUACUCGUGCUGGCCCAGUCGGUGCUGCUGUCCGUCAAGUGGGACGUCGAGGACCCUGUGACCGUUCCGCUGGCAACAAUGUCGGUCGUUUUCACCUUCAUCUUUGUCCUGGAGGUUACAAUGAAGAUCAUAGCAAUGUCGCCUGCUGGGUUCUGGCAAAGCAGAAGAAAUCGAUAUGAUCUGCUGGUGACAUCACUCGGUGUUGUCUGGGUGGUACUUCACUUUGCCCUCCUGAAUGCGUAUACCUACAUGAUGGGAGCAUGCGUGAUUGUCUUCAGGUUUUUCUCCAUCUGUGGAAAGCAUGUGACACUGAAGAUGCUGCUCCUGACGGUGGUCGUCAGCAUGUAUAAAAGCUUCUUUAUCAUCGUAGGCAUGUUCCUGCUGCUUCUGUGUUACGCCUUUGCUGGUGUCGUUUUAUUCGGCACUGUGAAAUACGGGGAGAACAUUAACAGGCAUGCAAACUUUUCUUCAGCUGGCAAAGCUAUUACUGUCCUGUUCCGAAUUGUCACCGGCGAAGACUGGAACAAGAUCAUGCAUGACUGUAUGGUCCAGCCUCCCUUUUGUACUCCGGAUGAAUUUACAUACUGGGCAACAGACUGCGGAAAUUAUGCUGGUGCACUUAUGUAUUUCUGCUCAUUUUAUGUCAUCAUUGCCUACAUCAUGCUAAAUCUGCUUGUAGCCAUAAUUGUGGAGAAUUUCUCCUUAUUUUAUUCUACUGAGGAAGACCAACUUUUAAGUUACAACGAUCUUCGCCACUUUCAAAUCAUAUGGAACAUGGUGGACGAUAAAAGAGAGGGCGUGAUCCCGACCUUCCGCGUCAAGUUCCUGCUGCGCCUGCUGCGGGGCCGCCUCGAGGUGGACCUGGACAAGGACAAGCUGCUGUUUAAGCACAUGUGCUACGAGAUGGAGCGGUUGCAUAACGGCGGCGACGUCACCUUCCACGACGUCCUCAGCAUGCUCUCCUACCGCUCCGUGGACAUCCGGAAGAGCCUGCAGCUGGAGGAGCUGCUCGCCAGGGAGCAGCUGGAGUACACGAUCGAGGAGGAGGUGGCCAAGCAGACCAUCCGCAUGUGGCUGAAGAAGUGCCUGAAGCGCAUCAGAGCUAAACAGCAGCAGUCAUGCAGUAUCAUCCACAGCCUGAGAGAGAGCCAGCAGCAGGAGCUGAGCCGGUUUCUGAACCCUCCUAGUAUCGAGACCACCCAGCCCAGUGAGGACAUGAACGCUAACAGUCAGGACAAUAAUAUGCAGCCUGAGACGAGCAGCCAGCAGCAGCUGCUGAGCCCCACGCUGUCGGACCGGGGAGCGCGGCCCGACGCCGAGGCCGGGAAGCCGCAGCGCAAGUUCGGGCAGUGGCGGCUGCCGUCGGCACCAAAACCGAUAAGCCACUCGGUGUCUUCAGUCAACUUACGGUUUGGAGGGCGGACAACGGUGAAAUCUGUCGUGUGCAAAAUGAACCCCAUGACUGACUCCGCUUCCUGUGGUUCCGAAGUGAAGAAGUGGUGGACCCGGCAGCUGACGGUGGAGAGUGAUGAGAGUGGAGAUGACCUCCUGGAUAUUUAGACGGAAACCGGCACAGGCAGAAGUCUAGGGGUGAAGAGGGUCUUCUGCUAUUUCCUCCGUUGUCCAGUGAGCAAUCUGUAAUUGGCACAUUAAAUUCCAACUUGUCGCAGGAUUUCUUUAAUUGAUUUUGUCCUGCCAUAGGAAGCCAUAAAGCUUGCUCUGUCACAGCUUUGUAUAUAACGGGUUCUCAUGAUCUGUUCAAGAAAUGUGCCUAAUGGCAGUAUUCGUGGUGUUAGCAACUGUACCAAUACCAGGUGGAGAUCGUUCAAAAAUCUCAUAUACUCUAAGUAAACUAAGGUAUAUAGUCGUAUAUAUGCUCUUAUGCAUUAUCACUGCCCCCUGAGAGAGGGCUAAGCCCUAAGUGGCUGAUAUUUACAGUACAGGAGCUUUAGUUAAUGUUUUUCCCAUUUCUUUUGGAAUUACUUCUCUUGGGAGAAUGUUUUAUUUCUGUUUGAUCUGAAAAGGUCAGCCCUGAGCUUAUGUUAAAAUGAUAGUAGUUUUGCAAACUACAAAUUCUGAAUUUCAAAAAAUAUGUUCUUUUUCUCAUGUUUUUCUAAAAAUAUGCACAAGAUAUUUAGAGAUCAGAACAAGACAAUUUCUGCCCUCAGUCACUCUCAUGAAACUGUUUCCUGCUUCCAAGAAAAGUGUGUGUGGGGGUGCCAGGCAAGGAAAGUGGCCCCAAGGUGCUAACUGGUUUGAAACAAACCAGUAUGUAGAUCGCUUGCAGGACAUGGUCACAUAAAGAGGCUGAGUUUCUUAAAAAGCCUUUUAAUAACUGAGUUUAGCGAAAAGAGGAAAACUACAUUUUCAGGUUGUUUUUUUUUAAUCUUUGCAAAUGUGAUGUUACUGGUUUCUUUUCUUACCCAACAUACGUUUGUUUAGCCAUAAAUCAGCAGACGUUAUGGGUUGAUCCUAAUACUGCUGCUAAAUUCAAUUCAGAGUGACUCCUCUGCCAGCAGAUUCUCCUCUGACAAUAACGGGACUCUGCCAAAGUUUACACAGUUUAGGGAUCCCACAACUCAAUUGUAUUUGUCUCACACAUCAUAUCCUCUGGGAAAAUUAAAAUGCCAUGGGAUUUGCAAAGUUCCUUUGGACCUCAUGCUGGGUCAGCCAAGGAGAAGUGUGUUUAAGCCUCUAACUGCCUUACUCUUGAUUGGAGAUUUCCUGUUUAGAUCAUUUCUUUUAACAGAGUGAUAAUCUCAGAAUCUUUUGACCCCCACCCCAGGUUGCUCCUUGAUCUCUUUUUCUCUAUUUCACAUUCUAAAAUAGCUAAAUAUCACUUCAUUCUGUAUAACAAAUAGAGCAUCCUGGUGCCAGUUCAUUGUUUUAUGAUUAAUGGUGACUGGAAGAUAAUGGGCAGUGAAAGUCAGUGCAGCCGAUGGGUUUUGUUGGGUUUUAUGUUAAUUUGAAGUUUACUUUUUGUACAUAAGGAAAUAAAAUGAAUAUUGGAUUUGUA